AUGGGGGAAGAACCAGAAGAUAGGAAGCGGACGACGACGACGACGGCGCCCUCGCCGCGCGAGCCGUUCCGGCGGGAGGGCCGUGACUCGCACGCGAGGCGCCCCCACUCCUCGUCCAGGCCGCGGCGGGACGAUCCCCCCAGCCCGAGGAGGUGGAGGGAUGACAGGAGGCACGAAUCCGACAGGAGCCACCACAGGCGUCGAGCCGAGGAGAGUGCCAUUGCGGGCGACCACGACGAGAGGAGGAACCGGCCCUUGCAAGCUGCCCAGGCCCGGCGCGAUGAUCCUGGCUCCCUGCGCUGGGAGGGGAAGCGGCCGCCGGGCGAUGUGAAAGAUGACCCUCCCGCGAGGCACGAGAGAUCUCCCAGGGGAACCAAGCGGUUUUCCGAGACGAGAGAGGCCUGGCAGCCUCGAUCUUCGUUCUUCCAGCAUGAUGAACGUGACAGUGCUGGGCAUGGAGGUCGACGCUAUGGUCGCCAAGACUAUGGAAGACACUGGGGUCAUAACGAACAUCUUGAUGAUAGAGAUAAACACAAGUCUGAGGGACACGGUUUGCAGGAAAAGGUUGAGCAGGCCCAACCACAGAAUGAUGUUGAUUCUACAUGGAAGCAUGAUGGGUUUUUCAAGUUGGAGGAAGAAGCUCCUGCUGCCAAAAGGAGGCCAGGAUUUAAGGAGAGGGGAAUGCCACUUGAGGAGCAAGGGUCAGCUGUUACAGAACCGGAUGCAAGAUCACGUAAACCUGGGCUAACCUCUGGAAUGGGAGAAGAAAGGAGGAAUUACCACUCACGGGAAUUCGUAAGGCCUGAUGAUAGAGGUGCCAGGAGGGGAUUUUCUGAUUACAGGAGUGCUGGUCAGAGGAAUGGCUAUGAUUCAAGGGGGCGUGGUUUUGCUGGUAGAGGGGGAAGGGGCAGAGACAGGUUUGAGUACCAGUAUGGCGGAAGAAACAACAUGCAUGAGGCUGCUGGGGAACAAACAGAGAAAUGGAAGCAUGACCUUUAUGAUCAGAAAGACAAUACCCCAGCUCCGAUGACCGAAGAAGAGCAGAUUGCAAAAGUUGAAGCACUCUUGGCGCUGUAGCUACCCUUUUUUGUUGUUGCCUGGAGUUACUUGCGAGUUGCCACAGGUAGUUGAUAUCUAUCUUUAUUGUUGCCUGGACUAUGGAGUUGUUUAGAAUGGCUUGAGUACUAUGUACUUGGUUUUGCGGGGAUCAAUUCUAACUAUAUGUCAUGCUGCUGGAAUUUGGUAUUAUCUAGCCUUUUCAUUC